GUUCCGCGCCCGGCCCGCGAGAGGCAGAGGUGUCUGUCUGUCCGUCCGUGCUCCGUGAUAGCCGGGGUGGGAGAUCCAGCCGCACUGCCCGGUCGCGUGGGUCAGGGCUCUUGCCCCACCCUUCCACGGGGACACGAAGUGCUAGAUCCGUAAGUGAAGUCUUGGGGGUACACAGCAAGUUGUGAAGGCCACCAGACAGUUCUGCCUUUCACCACCACCUCAAGACUCUGCUCCAGGCCCUAUAGGAGGAGCUUCUGCUGCUCUCAAGACGCCUCCCUUUUAUCUGCUCAUGACAGAAAGAGCAAACAAGUGGCUUCAAAGGAGAUCACGAAGAGCCCUGCUUGUGUUUAGUCGAAAUUGAAAAAGUAAAUCAUGACUGAAUCUGCAUCUAGCGCAAGUGGUCAAGAGUUUGAUGUGUUCAGUGUUAUGGACUGGAAGGAUGGAGUUGGUACCUUGCCAGGAAGUGACUUAAAGUUUAGGGUGAAUGAGUUCGGAGCUUUGGAAGUUAUCACAGAUGACACUGAGAUGGACAGUGUCAAGAAAGCAACUGCCACCACCACUUGGAUGGUCCCAACUGCUCAGGAGGCCCCGACCUCCCCCCCGAGCUCCAGGCCCGUAUUUCCACCUGCCUACUGGACAUCUCCACCUGGAUGUCCCACAGUCUUUUCAGAGAAGACUGGGGCAUCAUUCAGGUUGAAGGAUCAAUCAAAAGUAGAUGGGCUUCAAUUUUGUGAGAACUGCUGUCAGUACGGCAAUGGAGAUGAGUGUCUUUCUGGAGGAAACUAUUGCAGCCAGAAUUGUGCUCGGCGUGUCAAAGACAAAGAUCAGAAGGAAGAAAGAGAUGGAGGUGAAGACAAUGAGGACGAGGAUCCUAAGUGUAGCCGGAAGAAAAAACCAAAAUUAUCUCUGAAAGCUGACUCCAAGGAGGAUGCAGAAGACAGAGAUGAAGAAAUGGAGAACAAGCAAGAUGGAAGGAUCCUCAGGGGUUCCCAGAGAGCCAGAAGGAAACGACGCGGGGACUCAACUGUCUUAAAGCAGGGUUUGCCUCCUAAAGGCAAGAAAACCUGGUGCUGGGCAUCCUACCUAGAGGAGGAGAAAGCUGUGGCAGUGCCUGCGAAGCUGUUCAAAGAGCACCAGUCCUUUCCAUACAACAAAAAUGGAUUCAAAGUCGGAAUGAAGCUUGAAGGUGUGGACCCAGAGCAUCAGUCUGUGUACUGUGUCCUCACUGUGGCUGAGGUUUGUGGCUAUCGGAUAAAGCUUCACUUUGAUGGAUAUUCUGAUUGCUAUGACUUCUGGGUAAAUGCAGAUGCUCUGGACAUCCACCCAGUUGGGUGGUGUGAGAAAACAGGCCAUAAACUCCAGCCUCCAAAAGGGUAUAAAGAAGAAGAAUUUAAUUGGCAAUCCUACCUUAAGACGUGCAAAGCCCAGGCUGCUCCCAAGUCGUUAUUUGAAAAUCAGAACAUAACAGUGAUCCCAUCAGGCUUUCGAGUUGGAAUGAAGCUUGAGGCUGUAGACAAAAAGAACCCUUCCUUCAUCUGCGUUGCUACGGUAACAGAUAUGGUGGACAACCGUUUUCUGGUACAUUUUGACAACUGGGAUGAGAGCUAUGACUAUUGGUGUGAAUCAUCCAGUCCACACAUUCAUCCCGUUGGUUGGUGUAAAGAACACAGAAGAACCCUUAUUACUCCACCAGGCUAUUCACACGUGAAACACUUUUCUUGGGAUAAAUAUUUAGAAGAAACCAAUUCCUUACCUGCUCCUGCAAGAGCUUUCAAAGUGAAACCUCCACAUGGAUUCCAGAAAAAAAUGAAGCUUGAAGCUGUGGACAAAAGAAAUCCCUUGUUUAUCAGAGUAGCAACUGUAGCGGAUACAGAUGAUCACCGGAUCAAGGUUCAUUUUGAUGGCUGGAGUAGUUGCUAUGACUACUGGAUAGAUGCAGACUCUCCAGAUAUUCACCCUGUAGGCUGGUGUUCCAAAACUGGACACCCACUUCAGGCUCCACUAAGUCCUGCAGAAUUAAUGGAGCCAUCAGAAACCGGGGGAUGUCCAACUCUCGGCUGCAAGGGGAUUGGUCAUUUUAAAAAAUCGAGGUACCUGGGCACUCAGAGUGGUGCCAACUGCCCCUACUCAGAAAUCAACUUGAAUAAAGACCGCAUUUUUCCAGACCGGCUAAGUGGUGAGAUGCCUCCAUCUAGUCCAUCAUUUCCAAGAAGUAAAAGGACAGACACAAGUGAAAGCUCAUCGUCUCCUGAAACCAGGGAACAUCGUGCUGGUGACGUCAAAGAAGAUUCUGCAGAGAAAAGAGAAAAUGAAGUGAGGACAUCAGCUGAAGCCAAAGUUGUUCGGGAAGAGCCUACCCCUACUACACAGCACGCUCAGCAGGUACAGCAGGCUCAGCAGGUACAGCAAGUACAGCAGCCUCAGCCUGCCCAGCAGCCUCUGCAGGUACAGCCGCCUCAGCAGACUCCCAAGGCUCAGCAGACCCAGCAGCCUCUGCAGGCCCAGCCUCCUCAACAGCUUCAGCAGGCUCAACCGACUCCACAGACACAGCAGGCCCAGCAGCCUCAACAGACUCCCCAAACUCAGCAGGCCCAGCAGGCCCAGCAGGGGCAGCAGCCUCAGCAGACUCCUCAGGCCCAGCAGGCACAGCAGGGGCAGCAGGCUCAGAGGCGGUCAGCUGUCUUUCUCUCCUUUAAGCCCCCAAUUCCGUGCCUGCCCCUGCGUUGGGAGCAGCAAAGCAAGCUUCUUCCGACUGUUGCUGGAAUCCCAGCCAGUAGAGUUUCCAAAUGGAGCACAGAUGAGGUGUCAGAAUUCAUUCAGAGCUUGCCUGGGUGUGAAGAACACGGAAAGGUGUUUAAGGAUGAACAAAUUGAUGGAGAAGCAUUUUUACUCAUGACCCAGACAGACAUUGUGAAAAUUAUGAGCAUUAAGCUGGGCCCAGCUCUCAAAAUUUUCAAUUCUAUCCUGAUGUUUAAAGCGGCGGAGAAGAAUUCCCACAAUGAACUGUGAAGACGGUGGAUUCGGGUACCAUCAGCUUCCGCUUUAAUGCUCAUCACGUUUAUUCAAAGCACAAGGACGAUUCUAGCUCCUGACUGAGCAGUCUCCAGGACUCCCGAGACGAGCGCUACGGGAUUCCAUCCGUCCCUCCAGACGGCACAUACAUCCUUAGGAAACGCCUGGGCUUCUCACCAGCUGCUGUCCAGCAACCGUCAUCUUUCAGUUCUGCUCACUGAGCUAAACUUACCUUUGUAAAUCUUUUGGAAGUGGGAGGAGGGUGGGGAGACGGGGGCUUCAUUAUUUAUGGAUGGGGGGGCAAAAUAAGAACUUUCGGCAUUUUGUAAACAUUGUUGGAUUCUCUUUCAUGUACACUUUCUUCUUUUCGAUACUUUCAGAAACCUUUUUAUAUAACUGAAUUUCAACCUAAACCAAAUCCGUUGAAACCUGGCUGAGGUUAGCCUGGGACUAGUGUCAGUCGUGUUCGCCCUGUGCCAUAUUUGGAAUCGCAGCAUUAGCCAAGCGUAACUUUGCGAGUCACGAUAUUGCCUGUGUGUCAUCCUUUGUUGGGACUGAAGAACUGUAAAUACUACCUUUCUUUGAAUCCAUGUUUUUACUUUUGCACGCAUAAUGAAUUGUUCAACAAAUUACUUUUCACCAGCAUCUGUAUGUUAUUACCAAAAAAAAAUGUAUAUAAAAGAACAGAAUUGAGAAAUAAAAUAUAUAAACCUGUUUAGGUUUGAAUGAAGUAGUGUAUCUGGGCGGAAUCAGUUGUGUACAUCAUGGUGCCCAUGUGAUUACCGCCGUGGGUAUAGGAGGAUUAUGCGGUUACAUUCCAGGGGAUGUUGAUCGGGAGCUUGGUUUAGGAGAUUAUUGUGUGCAUCUCUGUAAAUGACUUGGAAGUAACUGGUGCUUCACAGAAAAGGACUCUUUCUGUUGAUGGAAACACUAAUCGUUCAAGAGAUCCCUUCAGUCUCACAGGUCCUCCAGGCCCAGGGGAUUUCCUCAGAGUGAGCUGAGAAGCAGGGCGUGGACGUUACUGCACAGACCUUUGUGACUGAAACAACAGCAGACCCCGAAAUUCUCCACGCUCACGAGUAGAGGAAGUGCUUCCCGAAGCCAUUAUUUGGAGCCUCCAAUGUGGAAAGAUUCCUUUUCCUAUGAAAUAUUUUGCCUUGAUUUUUAAAGCAUCUGGAUGCACUUUAAAUGAAAGCCCUGGGUUAUUUAUAAAUUCAUAGCUGGCAGUGUUUCUUUUGUAAGCAUGCACUUCUAGGGGAAAGGUAAAUUAUUUUGUCAGUCUUUUGAUGUACUUUCUAAUUCCAAGAUUAGACAUUUGUUCAAGGACUGCUUUAAAAAUAGGAAGUUUAGUAGCAUGCUGUCGGAACUCUGGGGGGAGUCCCACCUCUUUCCAUAAAACUCUUUAAUGUUUUUCUGAUGUAGAACUUCCUUUGAUGUGCCAUAGUAGGAGUUUAUUAUCAGUCCUUUGCAUUUGUCAUGAUUCAAGGUAAAACAGGGUCCGUGACAUCUGCAGUGUCCAAUUCAUUUCUUUGCAUGAAUUUGCUAAAUAAGCUUUUUAUUGUUAUUUUUUCCCUUUUCUGUUGUGUUCAGUAUUUGUACAUUAACUUGCACUUGUUACAUGUGAUAUGAAUGAAAUAAAAUCUUAAUUACA